AUGAGGCCGUAUCCACAAUUUUCACCUUCAGUUUAUCGUAAUGAUGGUGAAGAAGAGAAAAUUUAUCUGCAACUUUUAUGUGUUACGAUUGUAUCACUUGUUCUAGUUGUAUUCGUUGUUUCAAUCAUAUUUUCUUGUUGGUGGACUAAAAGUCAUAAAGUUCCAAUUGAUUUAAGUAUUACAGAUGCUGUUUACUAUAUUUCCUUGAAACAUGAGGAUGGUUUAAUAGAUGGAGAAAAGAAACAUUCACGAAAGAAAUCAAUGGAAUCUUCAUCAAACAUCAAUGUAACUAAUCUAUCUACAAAUUCUAGCAAUCAAUGUGAAUUAAUUGAAUUGGUAUCAUCAACGCCACAUUCAAAGUCGGAAAACAACAACACUCAACCAAAAGCACAUGUUUACGUCUCACCUACUGUAGCAUACGCAACUGUAUCCAUUGGCAGCAAUCCACAAUUAAAUGUUUCAGCAAUAACAACUAUUCUACCGGCAAAUUAUCCAUUACCACGUUAUGUUGUAGCUGCCGGUGAAAUGAGCAGUAGUGGCAAUAAUAAUAAUAAUAAUCAUGUCACAUCAGAUUUUGAUCGACUACCAGAUGGUACACCUAUGAUCGGUACACCAAUAUUAUUGUCAACUAAUUCUACUAACGGUGUUAUUGCUGGCAUUCUUCCAGAUUCAAACAGUGCAAAUAUCAAUUCAUCGGUAACCUAUGUGAAAUUAGCUAAACCAUUUGUUGUAAGUUGUGAACAAACUAUUCCAUCAGAUGGAUUGCAUAGUAAAGAGGAUCAUCCACUGGUUAUGGGGUCUGUUCAAAAUCUGAAUACUUCUAAUGCAUCAAAAACUCUAGCUACAAGUUCUUUACGCUUAAGAACACUACCUUCAAGACGUCAUGUAGCUAAAGAAUUUCUAGACGAAUCUGUUCUAGCUACAAUGUCACGUUCAAGAACUCCUCUAAAUAAUAAAAUUGGUGUAAAUCAAAUUACCCAAGUUCAUAAUGACACUGUCAUGACUACAACGCAUAGUUUACCUAGUGGAGCAUUAGUAUCAUUCAAUCCAUCAGUUUUAUUAAUUCGAACAAAUCAACCAGUUAAAACUAUCAAUGAAGAAUGUGAAGGGAAUUUAAAUGAAAAUGAUCAACUGAAUGUGAUGACAACACUACCUGAGUUAAUAUCUAACAGAUUCAUCGGAACAAUGUCUACUGGGAUUGCCAAUGCAGUUCCUGUAUAUGUGAAUCAUUCUGCAUCGGGUACUUUGGGUGAAUUGAUGACAUCUUCAAGUGCUGGAUAUGUGCCAUCUUUUUCAAUACCAUCAAGUGUAAUUCCUGUGUCAUGUAAUUCUCAACAAAUUCUUAAUCAUUACAUACCACCUGGUCAUGGUUCAGAUGAAACAAGCGGCAUUCUUUCAGAUUCUGAAGGUAGUACAAGUUUUACAGCCGGCACUCAAACAAAUGCAUUUUUUCUAUCCCAUUCAUUUUAUCCAACUUCUGGUAGUUCUGAUGUACAAGUAAUACAACCGGUCAUUGGUGUUAGUAGUAAUAAUAAUAAUAGUAGUAUAGCUAAUUCCACAGGUUCCACAUUGUUCAAGUCGUUGACAUCACAAAUUACAAAUACAUCUGUAUCAACAAUUCUGCCAUUAACUGUUCUAACUGAAAGAUCUAGUUCAAUUGGUGCAACUUAUAUGUCUACUGAUUUGAUUGCUGAAAUGGCCUCUUGUCCACAGCAUAGUUAUUUAUUUAGGCAACCAACUUCUGCUGCAGAAACCACAAUUUCUUUGAACACAGUGUCUAUGGGGACUACAUUACCAACGCAUGAAAUCUUUUCUACUGCAACUGUAACAACAACGACAACAGCAAUAACCAGUGCCUCCACAACAACCGAAUCAGUUACUAGCUGUACAACUACUAGUUCAGUUGUUGGCAGUAACUCGACCAAUUCAUCACAACCAAUUGUUGAAACUAAUGAAUUUAGUGAUUUAUCUAAUGAAUCAAGCAUUAAAUUAAAUACAGAAAAGAAAUUAGGACAUAUCGCCAAAGACAAUCUAGACAAAUUUGAUAAUGAUGCUAAUAAACGAUAUGUAAACAAAGAGCAUCAUCCUUCAACAAGUCAAAAGUCUUGUCCGAAUCCACCAAAACGAAGUGUAAGCCUGACAAGUAAACAAUCUCAAAGAAGCAUCAAUAAUCCCGAUGAUAUCCAAAAUGGAACAGAAACUGAUGAAGUCAAUAACGAACCAACUGAAGAUAUUAAACCAAUUAAAUCAAAUCAAAUGGAUUUAAUUACAGAUAUUACUGAAACAAUACAUGAAUUGCAUAGUGAAACUAUGAAUACAAACAAAUCAUAUGAUACAAUUCAUUCUGCAACACUUGGACGUCUUCCUUCAUCAUCAUUAUCAUCAUCUUCUAAAUUAGAAUUAGAAUCUUUAUUACCUGGUUCAUCGGUAACUCUACCAACAAAAUCAUCCAAUACAUCAAAUAAUCCACGUUCUGCUUUAAAAAGUUCUGAUAAAGUUGGUCCAAAAGUUAAUAAACAUUUACGCUUCACUACUCUUACAAUCAUUGUAUUAAUACUGAUGCUGGCGAUUGCUAUCGCCAGUCCAAAUGACAAUGGAUCACUAAAUAAAGCUAAAUCUAAAACUGAAGAGUCUGCUUUCUUUCAAGCAAAUGAUCAAUCAGUGAAAAUGGUGAGAUAUAAUGUGAUAAAAGCAAAUAUCUAUCAGUCUGUUGAUAAAACUGCUUCGAUUGAUGUCAAUUCUUCUAAUAAAAUGUCUAAAAGUUCUAACAAACAGUCUAAAACUAAACUGAAGAAUAAUUUACCAGAAACAAACGACAAUAAUUUGAAGCCAAAUUCAGCGUCUCAAUUUGUACGUGUAACAAUUCGGUUACCGAAAAAAAUGAUACCAACUGGUGAACAAAAUCAGGAUGAAUAUUCUAAUCUAAACAGAAAUAAGAAACAUUCCAAUUUGACUCCUCAAACUAUACAAUUAUGGUUGAAUCAAUCAAGUGGGACAGAAGUUCGUAUUGCUGAACCAAUUAAACGGAAUUCAAUUCAUAUCUACGAUGUAGUGGAUACUCGACAUAUGCUCGGCACACGAAUUUGUCGUCAACGGUAUGCUUGUGAACAUUCAUGUGAUCCAGGUGCUGGACAUGCAUGCAUUUGUCAACGUGGAUAUCGUUUGGCCGGACCAAAAGAUCGAGCACGUUUAGCAUCUAUUGGAGAUCGUAUCGGUAAUAUGGCAUUGGAGAAUGUACAAGGUCGAAUAUGUUUAGACAUUGAUGAAUGUGAUAAACCUUCUUUACGUCGAGAAUGUGCACGUUUAGGAGGAGUUUGUACAAAUCGUCCUGGUGAUUAUGCUUGCCUAUGUCCAACUGGUCAACCAUGUAUUACUUGUGAUACUCAGUGUCCUAAAGGUUAUUGGAUGUCUGGUAUUUGUGGAAGGAAUCAAUCAGUCGAAUGUAAACGUUGUUCAGUUUCAUGUCCACCAGGAAUGUAUGAAUACAAACCAUGUACACAACAUUCGGAUAGAGUAUGCCGAGCUUGUCGUCCAUUGUGCAUUUCGGAAGAAUUUGAAUUGUCACCUUGUAAAGGAUCAAGUAAUCGUAUCUGUAAACGUAAAGAUCUUAUACCUGAAUUAGUUGUUCCGUACAAGAAAAAUAUUUGGUUUGAAAACCGCAAAAAAGUUCGAGAAGCUUCAGUCACAUUACAUCCAGAUGAUAUUGGACGUUUACCAUUGAAUAAAUCCAUAAUCAUAGAUCGUGGAUCUGGUUAUCAGGUUCGUCUAGAUUUUGAUAUACUCAAUCUAAUGCCAAUUCUCGGUCCAGUUGAUCAUUCAUCAGGAAAUGAUAAUCAUUUGUUUCUGUCAGCAGCAUCAAUUAUGGAUCAAUCAGUGUUGGAACCGGAUUCUUAUAGAUGGUCUUCUGCUACUGGUCACUAUCAUACAGUACAUGCUUAUUCAUUGAAAGCAAAUAAUACACUGUCUAAAUUAUGUCCAUACCCUGUCCCACCGUUAUAUCGUUUGGGAAUGCGUGUCCAUCGGAAUGUCACCAGUGCAACAGUACCUGAUGCAAGUUUACCUGGGCAUAGACCAGUAUUGGCCAGUUGUAGAACCUAUAAACAACAUGGAUACUUUCCAUCAUUAGAACUAGAUGGGUUUCAAUCGGAUUCAGAACAUUAUACACAAUCCCUUGGAUUCGAGUCAAAAAGUAUUUAUGAUCAGCCAAAAACUACAACCAAUGGAAAUCCGACUCCAGCUGUUGUUGCUUGUUUAGAACCUGGUCGUUUACCGUCAAUAUUUGGAUCACAUUGGAAUGCUGAACUUGCGUCACCACGUUCUAUUUAUUAUGAAGAGAAGCAACUUUGUGGACAAUUGAAACUAGACUGUCAACAUUGUUUAGCAUCAUGUGCUGAAGAAUUGAAAGCUAGUUCAUUAACAUGUAAACCAACUUCUGGCGCUGCAGAUAAUGGACGUUCACCACGUUUAGAAACAUGUUUUGAUUGUUGUGCUCGAGAUAAUUGCACUGAUAUAUGCGAUAAAUAUCCUGCACAUCGUUGUCAUGUUCAACUUUGUAGUCAUGGUUUACGGCUAGAUUUCUCACUUAUACCAGAAUGGCCUAAACAAGGUGAAUUUUUAUGUCAUGUUCAACCAGCGCCAAGUAGACCAAUUUAUCGUCUUCAAUGGACUUUAUUAUAUCAUGGUAGACCACUUACACCAGAUCGAUUCCCAGCAUCACUUAUAUUACCAUUAAAUUCAAUAACAAAUGAAAAUUCAGAAAAAACUGGUGUGAAUUCAAAUACAAAUGAAUGGAAUUUAGCCGGUGGAUUAACUGGUACCAGUGGUGGGACUAUAACACAAAUCUACAGAGGUUUAUUAAAUAUUCAAUAUACUUCAGGAUUAGAGCAUUUACCUGAUAUAAUUGGUGGCACGGAUACAAUGCAGAGUGCAUAUUUUUGGAGUAAACAGACUAUACCAUUAGUUAGUGGAAGUGGAACAGGUAUUGUUUAUGAUCCAGUUACAUCACAUUCUUCAUCAAGUUUAUCGUCAUCAGAUCGAUUUUAUUCAAAUACAAUGUUAUAUACACCAUCAGGUGCAUCGAAUGAAAUUGCCGGUAUACAAGUAUGGCCUUCACAACCAUUAAAAGUGAGUACAUCCGCUUGGACACGUUUAAGUGGUGCACCGUGUGCAACAGCUGAACCAUUAAUUGAACAGUUGAAUAUUUAUACCCCAGCAUUACCACCGUAUAUAGCAAUGGGUGAAGUAAAAGUUGAAUAUUUGGGUAAUUACAUGUAUGCUGUUUCACAUUCAAGAAUUAGACCGAAACUGAGUUUUAGUUUACCUAAAACAGCAUCUUUACUUGGUGCAGUAUUUUAUCCAGCCUCCGUAGAACGUGGUCAUUAUCUUCGAGCUAGUUUAGCUUUAGCAUGGUUAACGGAUUCGGAAAUAAAAAGCAGUGAUAUUCUCUCAGAAAGUCAGAACUCUGUUGUGAAAGUGCGAAAUUCUGAAUCAUCUUCAUCCUCAUCAGCAUCCACUGAAUCAUUAAAGAAGCACAGAUUCUGGGUCAUUGAUCUAACUGGACAAGUGGAUCAAUUCCCUGGUCUAUUUCGUCUACUUGUCUAUCCAGAUAAUGUUGAUGACGAUAAUGGUGAUGGACGAAAUUCUAACACAAGUACCAGUACUUCCAAUUAUUUAUUACGAAAUCGUCAAAAUACCCAAUCGCAUGCUUCAUCAUUGGAUGCGAUUGUUGAGAUUGAAGAUAAUAAUAUUGACGAUAUUGAUCUUGACAGUUUAAAUGGUGGACUUGAUUUAAAUGGUAAAAUAUCCGAAGAGGAACCAUUAUUGGAUUAUGAUGUUGGAGUUUUUGAAGAACGUAAAUUUCAGGUUCGAAUAUUAAUACCUGGUCCUACUACUGAGCCAGAUUAUGAGAAAUCAUUUCGUCUAGUUAUCUUGGAUGCUAGUAAUCGUUUAGAUAUUCGAGUUAAACGAGCAAUUCAACCACCAGAUGAAAUGGCUUUACGAAGAACUUAUGGACAGUUAUCUGAUGGUGAUGGUCGACCAACUUUAGUUGAUCUACUACCUAGUUUAGCUGCACGUCAACAAGCCAUUCAAGAUAGUUUAUUAAAAAGAACUCCAUCAAAAGAUGAUCACAGCAAUGAAAAUUCAAAUGAUUUCAGAUUAGUUAAACGAAGUAUUAAUUCCGAGUCAGUAGAUCAGCCAACAUCACCAUCCUAUCAAAUCAAUAAUACGUUUGGGCCAUCAUCUGUACUUGUCUAUUCAGUGAUUUGUCUAUUGUUAUUACUAUCAGUUAUAUUAUUCAUUGGAUUUGUUACUGAGCCUGAUCCUACUAUGAAUUGGGUUCGAUUGGGUCCACUUGAAAGUCAAUCAAAUGUAGAUGGUGAUCGUGUAGCCCUAGUCUCUAAUCCUAUUCGACAUCAUUAUAACAGUUGUAUAUCACGUUGGUUUCGUGUAUUUCUUCUAAUGGGUUAUUUAUGUUUAAAAUCUGCUUAUACAUUUGGAGUAACAUUAACAGCUUUAGCCAUCAUUAUUCGUUAUAUGACCUGUGAAUAUGCUACUAAAUUGAAUAAUCUGCCUGAAUGGAAUAGUUUAAAUGAUCAGUCUGGUCAAUUAAUGGGUACAAGUUUAACAAGACAAAAAUUAUUACAAGAUUCAAUGGAUGUUCAUUUGAAAAAUGAAUUAAUUCGACAACAAACAGAAGUGAAACGAUUACGUAACAUCUGUGAUCGUAGUGUUGAAGGCAUGUUUGAACAAAUGAAUAAACGUUUAGAUUCUAUAUCAAGUUUAGCCGCAUCAAGACGUAGUCGAGUACUACUAUCUCAAGCGGUAGCUGAAUUAGCUCGAGCCACAGCUACAGCAUCUGCAUUACAAUUAGCAGAAGGUUUAAUUACAUUUAAUGAAACAGUUGAAUGGGCUAUGCAUCGUCUUCAAGCAGAUCUAGUUGAAACUGAAAAAGCAUUAGGGAAUUCAGAUUGGCUUACUGGCGCACGUAUUAUCUACUCAGAAAUAGUUCGUCUAAGAACACUUACACCCGAUCCAAAUGAUCCAACACGUUCUUUCUUAGCAUGGACUAAAUUGAUUUCAGCAGAAACUAAUUUGAAUAAUAUUAAAGGACCACAACUUUCAUUACCUGUUAAUUUGCCAUCAUUAGAACCGGAACAAUUUGUUAUACCAACGCCUACAAUCAAACGCACCCAAGCGACACAAGGAAAAUUAUCUAGUUCUGAUGAGCCAGAAUAUGGACCAGUUUAUGUACCAUUUGUAUCUCAAACGACGGAUGUUGAGACAAGUGGAGAACUGUGGUCCCCUUAUCAGAUUGAAGAUUCCUUAUCAAAUCUUGAUGAAAUCAAUGGUUUAGCAGAUAAAUCAAACACUAAUGAUAUAAAUUCAUUGAAAACAAAACAUUCAAAUGAAACAACUUCCAGCACUACUACUUUCACUACUAAUAAUGAUAAUAGUGAUUCAUCAAAAUCUAAUAAUGACGAAUAUUGGAUAUUUUCAGAUUUCAAUUUAAGUUGGGUGCAUAUUUUAGGCGCUGCUUUAUUUUUAGAUGCAUUAUGGCUUAUUCAUCGAGUAUUGCACACUGUAGAUACUGCUGAACGUAUAUUAUACGGUGAUGUUGUAUUUAUUGACCUCACUGAAGAAGGUCUCAGACGUCGAAUGACCGAAAGAAAUAAACUACAAAAAGGUUUAAAGCAUGCAUUUCAAAAAAUAAUGCAACCUAGUACAAUUCGGAAAUUAUGUGCAAGUGUUAUUGCCCUAUUGAUUGUCACUCAAGCUUCCGCCCAUUUAGAUAGAUUAUUAUCACAAGAAAUGUUAGAUUAUAUUGGAUAUUAUGAUAAUUUGGUUCUCCCUGUACACUUACAUGCACGUCUUGUCAAUGUUCAUGUGACACGUUCAGCUCAACGUUUAAAUCAAUAUGAAUUAACAAGUUUAGAAUCAGAAGUUAGUCGUCGAUUAAGAGAAACACAAUUUUUACUACAUCAAUGGACUCUUUGGUUAAAUGAAAUUGAACAAGAACAAUGUCGUUUAUUAUUGGCAUAUAAAGCUGCUGCUCAAAAUUUACGAACUAAAAUGUUAGCUCAAAUAAAUCGUAAUUCAGCAUUAGCAAAAUUAAAUCUUCCUAUUCAUAUAAUAAGCAAAGAACAACAGCAACAACCACAACAACCACAUCCACAACAACAACAACAACAAUCAACUUCUAACUGGAAUCAUCAAUCAUCAUUUACAUUGGAUGAUACAAAACGAUAUAAUAAAAAGUAUUCAGUUGCAGAUGCUAUAGUCCCGAAACAUUGUCGUAUGACACAAUCUGAACGUGAUUUAGAAUUAGCAGAAGCUCGUCGAAUUGAUAUACCAUAUUGUCCAUUAAAACCGAUUGUUCCAAGAUUAUUUAAAGACUAUAAUGCUUCAUUAUAUUUCACUGAAGUUGUAUUACAAUCAGAGAAUUGGUUAACUACAGCACGCGACUAUUUAGGUCGUUUCUUAUUUUGUGUAUUUAUCUAUGUUAGUGCUAUUGUUUUAUGGAAUACAAUGGGUUCAGUGAUAUGGCUUAUUUUGAAUAGAUUGAAUCUUUUACCACAAAAAGUAUUAUUCAAAUCAGAUAUUUCCAGCUGGCAACCAAUCAAUGUACCACAACAAUUAUAAACGAAUUUAUUUAUUUGUAUGUGACUUUAUUCCAGUUCUGUUUUCUUUUUGUUUUUCUGUUGUUGCUUAUAUAAUAAAAAUCAUCAAUCGUGGUGAUACGUACAAUUCAAUUCAUUGUUUUUACAUACAUAUUCAAUUAUUAUCAAAAAAUAUUAAAAUUUCUCAUCUAACUAACAGAAAUCAAUCAUGUUGAACCGGUUUAAUUGAUCGAUACUGCUUGUUUAUUCUAUGAAUAGUAUAACAAUAGUAGAACAAAAAAAAUUACAUUUAUUGUUCCUCCUGAAAUAUCCAUUUGUAUUUUCAAAAUCAUUAUUAUUAUUAAUUUCUUUGUAUUGUAAAUGAUGUAGUAAUUUGUGUUCAAUUUACUCUGGAUAACACCUAUGUGCUCUCUUUUUCAGUCAUACUAAAUUAUUGAUUUGUUGUAUUCAGUUAUGUAUUAUCUUCGAAUAAUCAGUUAAUUGGUGUUAUUUUUUAAACAGUUAAUUGGCUUUCAGCCAAUGGUUAAUUUCUUUUGAAGAAAUAAAAUAGGACAUUUCUAUGCAUCAUUACUUUUUAGAGGAUUUGGGAAAUUACAAUGCAUGUUAAAAAAAAAUAUGAAUUCGGUAUGUUUUCUUGAAAAUAUUAGUGAUCAUUGUGUAUUCCGAAAUCUUUUUUUUAAAACAAAGAAAUAUUAA